AGUACAAUAUAAGAAUUGGAAUUAAACACGUCUAAUUGUCUAUGGAUCUCUCCCUCUCUGUAUAAAGAAAGAAAUUCCACUGCUACAAAACGUUGACAUCUCAAACUCCUCUUCCAUUGCGUGUUUCAGUGUAUAAUUGCCGUGUUUUUCGCUCCUGAGGGUUUUGCCGUGAUCACUGGAAAUUUGGUCUUGUUUAUAGAAUUUGAUUUGGAGGUGUUGGGGUUUUGUUUGGAAGAAUUUGUGGAAUUAGGGGUUUAAUUGGAUUGGAUUGUGGGUGAAGCAGAGAAUGAUUGGUAGUAGGAAAAAUGGGGGGCGUGCGUCGCCCUUCUUGUUGGUGUUUUUGUCGUUCGGUUUCUUCCUAGCAACCUACAAUUUGCUGAUUUUGGUAAUGCACAAGACUGGUAGGGGGGUUGUUACAGAGGAGUUGCGUGAUCCAGUUAUCAGGAGGCCUGAUGAGCUGAGGGAGGGAACUGGGGCAAAGUUUCAUGUUACGUUGACGGCCACCGAUGCGCCUUAUAGCAAGUGGCAGUGCCGGGUUAUGUACUAUUGGUACAAGAAAAUGAGGGAUAUGCCUGGAUCAGAUAUGGGGGGGUUUACUAGGGUUUUGCAUUCCGGGAAUUCUGAUAACUUGAUGGACGAGAUUCCGACUGUUGUUGUGGAUCCUCUUCCGGAAGGGCUUGAUCGGGGUUACAUUGUUUUAAACAGACCCUGGGCAUUCGUGCAGUGGCUGGACAAAGCCACAAUAGAGGAAGAAUAUAUUCUAAUGGCAGAACCCGAUCACGUUUUUGUUAAUCCGUUGCCAAAUUUGGCUCAUGGAAAUCAUCCAGCUGCAUUCCCAUUUUUCUACAUAAAACCAACUGAAAAUGAGAAAAUUAUAAGAAAAUAUUAUCCUGAAGAUAAAGGCCCAGUAUCCAAUGUUGAUCCAAUUGGCAACUCUCCUGUAAUUGUAAAAAAGUCGAUUUUGGAGAAAAUUGCGCCUACAUGGAUGAAUGUAUCAUUGCGAAUGAAAGAUGAUCCAGAGACUGAUAAGGCUUUUGGCUGGGUUUUGGAAAUGUACGGUUAUGCAGUCGCAUCUGCUUUGCAUGGAGUUCGGCAUAUCCUUCGUAAGGACUUCAUGCUACAGCCUCCAUGGGAUACUGAAGUUGGGCAGAAGUUUAUCAUUCAUUAUACAUAUGGAUGUGAUUACAACAUGAAGGGGGAACUGACUUAUGGGAAGAUUGGAGAAUGGAGAUUUGACAAAAGAUCUCAUCUGCGUGGUCCGCCCCCAAAAAAUCUUCCAUUACCUCCUCCAGGUGUUCCUGAAAGUGUGGUAAGGCUUGUUAAAGCAGUGAAUGAAGCUAGUGCAAACAUUCCUAACUGGGACACACUGUGAUAUAUGGCCGAGACCCGUUCCUUAAUAUUGGAAGAUGUGAUGUUUUUUCGCGGUCUUGAUUGAUACUGGGUAACUAUACAAAUAUGAAGUGACGGAGGAGAGAGAGAAUACAUGAUAGAAGAAGACGAUGGUUUUGUCCGACGUACAUCCUUUUUGAGACACCUCUAACAUCAAUACACAGACGACAUUCUUUUUGUGCUAAUACGUUCGCUACUCUGGUCUGUUGUUUUAUUUUGCUUGAAAGUAAUGGAAUUUGAUAAGAGAUUCUCUUAUUUGUUGCUAGUAAGUAUCUAUUCUUGAUUGA